GCUGCGCGGAGUGCUGCCAUGUCCGGGCGCGGCAAAGGCGGGAAGGGGCUCGGCAAGGGGGGCGCCAAGCGGCACCGCAAGGUGCUGCGCGACAACAUCCAGGGCAUCACCAAGCCGGCCAUCCGGCGCCUGGCUCGGCGCGGCGGCGUGAAGCGCAUCUCGGGGCUGAUCUACGAGGAGACGCGCGGCGUGCUGAAGGUGUUCCUGGAGAACGUGAUCCGCGACGCCGUGACCUACACGGAGCACGCCAAGAGGAAGACGGUGACGGCCAUGGACGUGGUGUACGCGCUCAAGCGCCAGGGACGCACCCUCUACGGCUUCGGCGGUUAGACUCGAGGCGCAAACCUUAACCUUGUCAAAACAACUAAGGCUCUUUUCAGAGCCACCCACAAACCUCACAAUGAGAGCUGUUUGUUGCUAGAAAUGAAUGCUUACAUAAAAGGUGGUGGGUCACAUGUACUGAGUUUUGUACUCCAGUAUGCACAUACUUAAUUUCAUUCGUAAAUGAAGCUCAUUUUAGUAAAGUGAGGCGGCUCUUAAAAGAGCUGUUAGU